AUGUGGGUCCGUCCCAGCGUGUUGCAUCUGCGCCGGUUGCUCUUCUCGUCUACCUAUGGCCACCCGCGAUCGUCUCGUGUCUUUACAUCCGGCCGCGCGGCAUUGCAGGCGGUUGCAGCACCAUCCACGCCCAUGUAUGAGUCAAUUGGGGCUGGACACGGCCACACUUUCGUUCCCGGUAUGGGCAGCUUUAACCCUCCUACGGAUGACCAGACUACCUAUUCGGACUUUUUGCCGUUGGUGCCACCCGAGAGUUUGCGCGUGCAGCAGGUUGUGCAAUCCGAGCGAGACAUGACGGUGGGUCCGUCCUCCUUCACCGCCAUGUUUCGGGAUAUGUCACCAUACAUUAACUUUCAUCGGGGUACCACAAUGGUUAUCCAUUUACCUGGUCAAUUGGUUGAGUCCAAUCUCUUUGGUGCCGCGAUGCACGACAUUGCACUGCUUAACACUUUUGGGGUGAAAUUGGUGUUGGUCGCAGGCUCUCGUCCACAACUGAACCGACAAUUAGCACUUCGGAAACUCUCACAGAGAUUUGAUUGUGGUAUGAGAAUCACGGGCCCUAUGGAGCUCCAGUGUGCAAUGGACGCUGCCGGAUCGGUGCGAUUCCAGAUUGAAAGUUAUUUGGGGCGAGGGAUUGUCAAUUCUCCUGGACGGGCCAGAACGAUCAAUGUUUCUUCGGGCAACUUCAUCACUGCGCAGCCCGUGGGAGUUCGAGGUGGCGUGGACUUUAAAAACACUGGCGAAAUGCGUCGACUGAAUGUCGAAAAGGUACGCGCUACACUGGACGACGGCGAUAUCGUUCUCAUAACGAGCAUCGGCUAUAGUGCCAGUGGUGAAGUCUUCAGCUGUCUUUCAGAACACGUGGCUAGCAAGUGCGCUGUUCAGUUGGAAAGCUCCAAACUCAUCUUCAUGCACAACGGUGAGGAGUUGAUCGACUCGCGGUCGAACACGGUAGUACAGACACUUGUGGUAGAGCAGGCACAGCAAUAUUUGGAGCUAGCACGGCAGAAGUCGGAUAUUAGUGGAGACUUUCUGUUGUACUUGAAGGAGUCGAUCAAGGCCUGUGUGAACGGAGUCAAGCGCUCGCACCUUGUUAGUCGACAUGUUGAUGGUGGCUUGCUGGAGGAGCUCUUUACCCGUGAUGGUGAAGGAAUUAUGAUCACAAAGCACAUGUACGAAGGAAUUCGGAUGGCCACCACCAAUGACAUUGUCAGCAUCAUGCGCCUCAUUCAGCCUUUGCUGGACGACGACGUGCUGGUGUCCCGCGAUCAGGAACAGAUUGAGAGCAACGUGGACACAUUCACGGUCGUAGAGCGAGACGGUGCUAUCAUCGCUUGCUGCACACUACAACCGUACGAGAACAACUUUGCCGAGAUGGGCUGUGUAGCUGUGGACCCAAACUACCGCAACUUGGGUAAGGGCAACGCCAUGUUGGGUUACAUUAUGCGCAAGGCAGCAUCCAUGGGCAUCACGCAACUUUUUGUGAUGACGACGCGAACGGCGCAUUGGUUCUUGGAGCGUGGUUUCGUGGAGGCUACAGUGAAUGACUUGCCUCCAUCGAAACUGGCCAAGGUCGACCUCAAGCGCAAGUCGAAAGUCUACAUUUGCGACAUCAGUACAAAGAGGGCUUUGGACGAGAAGGAGCUUCUUCUUCAAAUGGAAUAA